AUGUCUGGACAACAGGGACGCAAGAUCGCCAUUGUCGGCGCCAGCGGCAACGUCGGUGGCCUGACCCUCAAGGCUCUUCUCGAGAAGGGCAUCCACACUAUCACCGCCGUUUCCCGCUCCGAAUCCUCCGCCACCUUCCCCGAGGGCGUUAUCGUCAAGAAGGGCAGCUACGAGGAUGAAGACUUCCUCGUCUCUACAUACAAGGGCCAGGACGUCGUCCUUCUCGCCCUCGGUUUCGACAGCUACGCAACCGGCCAGGACGUUCACAUCCGCGCCGCCGCCAAGGCCGGCGUGAAGUGGAUCCUGCCCACGGAGUUCGGCUCCGCCCCCGACCCGUCAAAGCUGCUCGAGUCCAGCCCCAUCCUCCAGGGCAAGAUCCAGAUCCGCAAGAAGAUCGAGGAGGCCGGCGCCAGCUGGAUCGCUAUCGUUAACAACCCCUGGUUCGACUGGUCCAUGGGCGGCGGCUUCUGGGGCAUCGACAUCAAGAACCGCACCGCCAAGUUGUUCGACGGCGGCAAGACCAAGUUCAUCACCACCAACCUGGCCACCACGGGCAAGGGAACCGCCGGUGUCCUGAGCCUCCCCGACGCCGAGUUGGAGAAGUACCGCAACAAGCCCUUCUACCUUAAGUCUUUCUACAUCAGCCAGCGCGACAUGCUUGACAGCAUCCAGCGCGUCACCGGCACCACCGAUAAGGACUGGAAGAUCGAGGAGCCCGAUGCCGCGGCCGUCGUUGCCAAGGCCGAGGAGGAUGCUAAGAAGGGUGACCAUUUCGCCGGCCUUAUUGCAUUCUACGUCAACCACAUGCGUGCUGGUUUCGGCGGUGAUUACAACGACAAGGUCACGGAUCUGAGCAAGAUCGGUCUUGAGGAGGAAAACCUCGACGAGACUGUGAAGAGGGUUGUGAAGGAGAUUGGCGCUCAGUAG